AUGAAUGAUCCGAAUGCAUUUCUACUUAUGCUAACUGCUGCCGCUCAGCAACAGCAACAACAACAAAAAAUGCAAGUUCAAAAAGAGAAAGAGAAGGAACAAGUGAAAAAUGGGGAAUUGUGAGUUUCAGGUUUUUGGCUGAAAUUUUCAGCACAUUCCAAUUUUUCAGAUCUGUUUCACCAUCAACUUCAUCAUCAGCAUCUUCUUCAACUGUAAAUUUACCUGAAAAUCCAAACCCACAACAACAAAUUUCGGCUGAAACAAUAUUAAUGUGGCAAACAAUGAUGCAAGCACAAUUAAUGCAACAAAUGGCUGCAAAUGUUGCCAAAAAUGCAGCGGAUGCUGAAAAAAAGCGAAAAGAAGAAGAGGCAAAGAAAUUGAAGGCGAAAAAGUUGCGAGAAGAAGCGGAAAAUAUGCAAAAAGUGCAGGUGGAAAUGAUGUUGAAGAAAUUAAUGCAACAACAUCAACAAGGUAUGAGAGUUGUAGGAACUUGGUUCAAAAAAAUAAUUUUUAGUGAUAAUCUGAACAUUUUUUGUAGAAAAUUAGAUUUUCAGUCAGAAAUCUGGAAUUUCCAGCUAAAUUCCUGGUUUGCCAAAGGUUUUUAGGCCAGAAAAAUGAAGCCUAAAUAUCUGGAAUUUUCUGUUAACAACACUAGAACUGCAAAACAUUUACAUUCAAAAAAUGUCUUGAAUUUUUCAGCCAAAUCCUCGAAUCAACCAACAACAUCAUCUGCAACUUCCAAUUCCCAACAAUCCACAGCAGCAAAUUCAAAUUCAAAUCAAAAUCCUCUGAAAAACUUAGUUGAUAAUGCAAUGUGGCAAUUAGUAGCCAAUCAAAUGAUUCAACAACAACAAACAAAAAUCGAGCAAGAACAUCAAAAAUUAUUAGACGAGAAAGAAGAAGAUCCCGAAAAAAAGAAAGCAAAAAUCGCGGAUUUCCAAGCGCGAGUUCCGCUGAAAUUCGGCUGGAAACGACAAACUUGUGUUCGAAUGAUAACUGCUGGCGGUGUAAGAGGAGAUGUUAUUUAUUAUGCGCCGUGUGGUAAAAAAUUGACGACUUACGCAGAAGUUCAGCGAUAUUUGGCGAAAAAUGCGACGAGUUUUAUCAGUCGUGACAAUUUUUAUUUUAAUGCGCGAAUGAUUAUUGGAGAGUUUAUUGUACCGAAAGGUGAUGGUGAUUUUUUGAAGUUGAGCGAAGAGGAAAUGGCAAAAGAAUUGGCGAAAUUGUUGAGCAUAAAAACGGUGAGUUUAUCGGGGGAAACUGAGGGAUUUUGAACUGCAAAUCUUAGAAAAUUGGUAAAAAAAUUAGCGACUUUGAGCCAAAAAUGUUAAAAUUCGUUUAAAAUGUUCAAUUUUGAUUGAAAAAAAAACUUGGAAAACCCUUAAAUUUUAUGAAUAUUAUGGAUUUUGACGUGAAAUCCCAAAUUCUGAAAACUGCCUGAAAAAUAUACGUUUUAAAUUUUUGGAAAUUUUAAAUUGUUGUGAGGUUUGAUUAAUUAGUCCAUUCAUUUUUUUUUGAAAAGAAGUUUACUCAUUAUAAAUUUCUGACAAAGUAUAGAGAACCCUUUUUUUUGAAAUUCCCCACAAUAUUUUUAGCAAAAAAAAAAAAUUAUUGGCCCUUACUCAAAACCCCACAUUUUUGCAGCCUGCUACUGACUCCGAACUGACACCAAAACCCGCACCUUUGGAAAAUCCUCAAAAGAAGCUAGAAAAAAUCAAUGAACCUCCUCUUGAACCACUUGUUGAAGAAGAUCUAAAUCCAGAUGAUGUAGAAGAUCAUAUGCCUCAAUCAUUCACCGAAGAACACAAAAGUCGUGAACCAAAUGAGGAUUUAUUAGUUCACGAGUUUCGACAACUCGCCGAUUUAAGUCGAAUCGAAAAUCAAUGUUUGGAUGGUGAAGCAUUCGGAAAUGCUCUGAUGAUUUUUGAAUUUGUCAAGAAUUUUGGAGCUGUUUUGGGAAUUCCUGAUGAAAUUUCGAUGGGAAUUGAGGAAUUGUGUGCGGGAAUUGGAGGCGAGCAAAAAGUUGCUGAUCGAUUUUUGGGAUUGGUUCGGAAGUUGUUGAGAUUAGCUAUGGAAUUUCCGGGAAUUGAAGUUGAGAAACAAAAGUGAGUUUGGGUGAGGGAUUUGGGGAAGAUUUUAUUAAAUAUUUCUUGUUUUUCACAAAAACACCUUAUAAAUUAGAUCAAUUAAAAAUUGAAAAAUUUUGAAGUCGUGGAAAAAUCACCGAAAGUUAGAUUAAUUUCACCAAAACUACUCGAAAAGAAAAAAUUUAAUGAACAUUUUGGAUUUUUAUCGAAAAAUGGAGAUAUUUAUUUUUCCUGAAAAAUUGGACUCGUGAAACAGGGAAAUUAUUGACCCAAAAAACCAAAGUCUAAAUCUGAAAAAAAAACCCUGAAAAAUAUACGUUUUAAAUUUUUUCGAUAUUUUGAAAAUUUUUAUUUAAAAUUGAUAUGCCAUUAAUUGAUUGAUAUUUAACAUUGCCUGAGAAAAUAUAAAGAAAAAUCUAAAAACUUCCAAACUUUCAGCUGAAACAUUUAUUCAUAUCUUUUUUUAGCCAAAACAAAUGUGAAAAUCUGUAAUUUUCAGUCGCAAAUUCGAAAAACUAUAUUUUUUCCAGAACUCGAUUUGGUGAAGGCGGAGGAGAUCUAGGAAUGGAUCGCGAGAAUUUCUCAGAAGUUAUGCGACUUUUCUUGGAUAACAGGCCUGGAAAUGGUCCAAAACUCGCAAAAAAUCUCGAAAAUCGAACAUUUCUUCAACUGGAAUCGCUCGAAAAAUCUCAAAUUUUGGCUUUUAUUUGUGACGAACUUGUGAGCUCGAAAAAUGUUGUGAAUGAAAUUGACAGAAAUUUGGAGGAAAUCUCAAGACUCAAAGGAGAAAAAUGGAUGCGAGAGGGAAAAGCUCGUGCUCUUCGCGGAGCAAUUCAUGGAGCACAACCAAAAGUGACCGAAGAUCGCGGAGCAUUUGGACAAUGUGAAGUAUUAUCGAAAGAUGAGGAGAAAAUGAGCAUUUUUGAAAUGGAACAAACAAUUUCGGAAUUGACGAAUGAAGCAAAUUCAAUUAAUCGAAGGAUAAAUGAAACUAAUUUGAAGAUUCGAUGUGCACCUUUUGGAUUUGACAGAUUUUAUAGACAUUAUUGGAUUCUACCCAAUAUUGAUACAAUUUUUGUAGAAUCUAUCGAAUCUGGAGGAAAAAAUAAUCCAGCGUGUGAAGUAUUAGAAAUUGCAAAAAAUGAUCCGCCACCUCUUCUAUCUUCUCAAAAAGAUUUUAUUGAUUGCGAUGUUGUUGCUUGCGUUGAAGAUUUGAUUGAUUCAACGAUUUUGACAAGAGCAAAUGCAGAUAAUCGACUUCGAAAAAGAUAUCGAAGAAUUGACAAUCGAUUUAAAUAUGGUUGGUGGACAAUUGAUUCGAUGAAAGCGUUGGAUGCUUUGAGAACUUCGUUGCAUGGAAGAGGAGUUCGAGAAAGAUGUUUGCAUCGAUUGUUGACUAAGACUUGGUUUUUGAAUGAGUUGAAAUUUGGAAAAUGUGAGUUUGGAGAAACGGGAGUGGAAGGAGUCUUAUCUCAUCCCGAAAAUCAUUCUAAAUUAAAAAAGUCUCAAUCUUUCUUGGAAAUGAAAAUGUGGGAAUUUAUAAACUGCCACGACAUCAAGUUCACGCGAUAGAAAAACACAUAUUUUUAUAUUUUCAAAAUUAGCGUCAAGUUAAUAAUUGUUUUCUUACAGUAACCCUUCUUCCCGUCGAGACCCAUCUAAAUCACUCCAAAAUCCACGUGGAUUCAUGGAAUCGCAUCGAAAAAGCCGCAAAUCAACUAAUCCGUCGAAUUCAAAUGUCUGACGUCUCAAAACUCCCGAAUUCCGAUCCGAAACCAAUUGUUACACCGGCCUCAAUGUCACUUUCACAAGUUGUACAAGACGAUGAAGUUUGGCUAACUUAUGAGCCGGAAAAUGCUCUUCUCGGCUCUCAAAAAGAACCCGAAAAAAUCAUCGAGAAAAUUCAGCAAAUUCCUGAUAUGGUUGCCGAGAAAUUCUGGAGACCUUGCAGGAAAAUUGAAGAUUGGAGCGAAUUUUUGGCACAUGCGCAGACGGACGGAGUUACGACAAGUCAACUAAUGGCCGCCGUACAAACUUUGGAAUCGUGGAUUGCGUGGGAAAAAUCGGCACGUGAAGCGAUUUGUCAGAUUUGUAAAUCACAGGAUGGUGAUGAGAUGUUGGUGUGUGAUGGAUGUGAAACUGGAUGUCAUAUGGAGUGUUUUAGGGUGAGUGGAAGAUUUUUGUGGAAAUGUGUCAAGGAGCUGUACCAAAAUAGAUUCCCAACUUCGAUUUUUGAAUUUGUGUUCCACAUGAAUUUUUCGUCUAUUCUAGUUUCACCACCAUUAAUCUUCAAAAUUUGCAGCCCGUCAUGAAAUCGGUGCCCAACGGCGAUUGGUUUUGUCCGCGUUGCAAAGAAGAACGAAAUCCGGCGAAAAAAAUCUGCAUGUUCUGCGGAAAAGAAGCGAAAGACAAGGACAAAGAUGCCCUAUUUUAUUGUGUUCGUUGUGCUCUUCACACACAUUUGGAAUGUGCAAAUGAUGCGUCAAAUCAUGAAAAAUCUGCCGACGGAUAUAAAUGUCCGAAUUGUGUUGACGCGAUGACAAUGCGAUUUGUUAAACCGGCGAUUUUCCGCAGCGAAAGUGUUGAGCGAAAAGAGCAACAAGAAGAGCAACAACAACAAGGAGAAGCGACUGAGACGACAGAAGUUGCGACGGCAACGAAACGAAAGCAUGUAUCAAAUGCGUCGAUUGUGUUACCGUUGGAACUUGUCGUCGAGAUUUGCACAAUUGCAUUGGAUGAUUUGGAGGCACAUGCGGCUGCCGGACCAUUUUUGGAGCCUGUGAAUUUGCGAGCUGUGCCUGGAUAUCGCAAAGUUAUUCAGCAACCUAUGGAUUUGUCAACAGUGCGCAAAAGGAAUUCGAAUGCUUUGUGAGUUUAUUACCGUAACGAAACUACGUCUCAAAAAUCGUGCCGCACUCUUUAUUUUUCGAAAAAAAUGAUAAUAUCGCAGGUCUUAACUUUUCCAAAACGAAAAUUAUCUGCCACAACCCCAAAAUCCCCAACAAAAUCCAAUUUUGCAGCUACGAAAAUGUGGACGAAUUCGCGGCCGAUAUUCAAUUGAUUUUUGACAAUUGCAAAACUUUCAACAUGGAUGAUUCACCUGUUGGCCAAGCUGGAAUCAAUUUAUCGAAAUUCUUCCAAAAACGCUGGAAAGCACUGAAAAUGACGUAUUCGAAAAAAUCGAAUAAACGGCUGAAAAUUUAA